UUUGCCUUAAUUUCUUUGUUUCGUUUAUAUUGCUACAUUUUAUUGGAUUUUUUGUUUAUAUAGUCAAUAAUAUACAAAAAGCUAGGAUCUUCUUCAACAAUUACAACUAUGUUACCUGCAGCAGCUGCGCCUCCAAGGCCUCCUCCUCCGGGUGCAAGCAGUGUCACCAAUCUCACACCAUUGGAUGGAAUAUUGAGUAAAUAUACUAAUGUGAUGAAAGGAUGGCAGAACAGGUAUUUCAUGUUGAAUCCCCAGCAAGGCGUUCUUGAGUAUCACGUAAGCAAAUCAGAAGCUUUUGGAUCAUCUCACAGACCAAGGGGAUUUCUACAUUUGGCAGGAGCUGUAAUAUCACCAAGUACUGAUGACAAGUACACUUUCUCUGUUAAUGCAGCGAAUAGCGAAGUUUAUAAAUUGAGAGCAAACGAUACGAAAGAACGUCAACUAUGGGUUUCUCAUUUGUGUCAAGUCGCAGAUCAUUUCACACAACAAAUUGCGCGAGAUCAUCCACCAAUCAGUGGAGGACAAUCCAUGAGGAAACCAAGAUCUAUUUCAUCAUCAAUGACUAAUAUUGGGCAUAAAAUAAAAGAUGCAGCAGAUCAAGUCCAGCAGAAAACAGCUCAUACAAUUGCCAAGAAUAGGCGACCGGCUGCUCAUGCUACAACUUCUUAUAAUACAGAAUCAGGAGAUAUCAGACUUGAUUCUAAGCCUCCAGUUCCAUCAAGGCCACGUUCAAGCAGUAGAUCUUCUGUGAAUAAAUCAUAUGGAACUCCCCAACUUGGUGCUAAGCGAAGUCAUAAAAGUGAUUGCAAGGAAUUGAGAGAUGUUAGAGAGGCUUUAGUAUCGGCUGAUAACUACCAUGCAGGACUCAUGAACAUGUUAGAAAAUCUGCCUCAUGUUUUUUCUGUUGAAAGUGCAAACGAAGAUGAAAAGUCCGACGGCAUCUUAUCAGCUCUAGAUGAAGAUGUUCUGUUGUUGAAAUCAACUUCUUCAUCAACAUUGAAAUGUUUGAAUGAAUGUUAUACAAUACUUCAGCAAUAUCAACAUAAACAAUUUGCUGCUUUACCACCUGGUGUCCAAAUAUCUUGGGUUGAACCGAGAGACAAUCACAGUCUGUCUUCAGGACAUAACAUGAGCGGGGAUGCGAGAGGAUCGUUAAGUAAUCAAUCUGUGGAUUCCGUAGAAGAACAACCAGCUCAGAUCAAAGAAGUCAUUCUCAAUGUAUCUUAUGUGGAACCAACCAUCAAUCCAGCUGAUGAAGUUUGUGAUUUAAAUGAGUUUGAUGAAGAAGAUCUUGGUACUGUUGAGAAACAUAAGAGUGUAAUAAUGCAUUUAUUAUCACAACUUAAACUUGGAAUGGACUUAACAAGGGUAACUCUGCCUACCUUCAUUCUUGAAAAGAGAAGUUUGUUGGAAAUGUAUUCAGAUUUCCUCGGCCAUCCUGAGCUAUUCAUCUCAAUACCAGGUGGUUCAAAUCCUCGUGAUAGAAUGAUCAGAGUUGUUAAAUAUUAUCUCACAUCGUUUCAUUGUGGAAGAAGAGGCCAAUUAGCAAAGAAGCCAUACAAUCCAAUCAUUGGAGAAACAUUCCAGUGCAGUUAUUACGUACCCAGGUCAUUUGAUUUGAAUGAAUCAUUUGACUUGAGUAGAACAACGCAAGUUCAAUCCUCAUCUACAUCGUCGCCAGAUGGUUCAACACAUUAUAGGAUAAGAUAUGCUUCUGAGCAGGUCUCACAUCAUCCUCCUGUAUCAGCGUUUUAUGCAGAAUGUCCUGAAAGAGAUAUUUGCAUGAACACCCAUAUAUGGACCAAGUCUAAGUUUAUGAACAUGAGUAUCGGAGUUGUUAAUAUUGGUGAAGGUGUUAUUACACUGACUGGACACAAAGAACGCUAUGUAGCAACAUUUCCUUCAGCAUUUGCCAGAUCUAUAUUGACAACACCAUGGAUGGAAUUGGGCGGACGAUGCACAAUAACAUGCGAUCAAACUAAUCUAGCUGCUAACGUAACGUUUCAUCCAAAACCAAUGUAUGGUGGACAACCUCAUAGAAUAACCGCUGAAGUAAAAGACAUGGGAAGUGGAUCUGUAUUCUGUAGAGCAGAAGGUGAAUGGAACGGCAAUAUUACUUUCACAUCUACCACGGCUGAUGGAAACCAGAAGACAGAAGUUAUAGAAACACCGACGUACAAAAGUUACAGUAAAUAUGUUCGACCAUUAAACCUCCAAGAACCAAUGGAAUCAAGGAAUCUCUGGAAAGGCAUCACAGCAGCAUUGAUUGAUAAUGACAUUACGACUGCAACUGAUAGGAAAACUGCUUUGGAAGAUUGGCAGAGAAAGAGAGAAAAAAGAAGACUAGACACUGAUCAGCCUGUCAAGUCUGCUCUGUUCCACAAGAACGGAGACGCUUAUGUUUAUAAAAAUUCUAUAGUUGCAAUGUAGAAUUAUGAAAUAUUUCUUUCUCUCUUUUAUUGUGGUUAUAUAUUGGAUUCGUGUAAGAGUAUCAAAUAAUAAAAAAAUUUGCAUUUAUUAUGGUCAACAUAUGGUUGGGCCAUUAAUGUGGGGAGAGUAUUUAUAGGAGUGGGGCACGACACGUAAUGUGUGUACCGGGUCGGGGUUAGGCCAUAAUUUUUUUCCGAUUUUUUUUUAUAUUAGUUCUAUUAAGAAUUCAGGGACUGUCUGUGUUGGCCGAGUGAAUAUACCCAUUAGUUACCCCCGUAUUGGUACACGCACUUAUCGAGUGCUCUCUUGAGACACCCACGUUUGUCCUGGUUUGAAUUUAUAUCCUGUUCAAAUUCCAUCAAAAUUUCUUGAUUUUCAGAGAUUUAGUUUACAUUUGUCACCCAAUGGCUUAAAAUGAAAUGAAUAUUUUGAAUUUACUGAAAUUAAAUACAAUUAAUAUUUAUUUGCCCCUUAUUCCUUAUUUUCAGGUUGUUGUUAUAUUCUUGCUAGUACUAAUAGAAAUGAAAUGAAUUUUGGUGACAAAUAAAAUUAAUCAUCGUUCGAAUUCAGCCAAUUAUAGUUUUGUUCUAAUGUUACGAAAUUUAUACCUUCCUAUUUUACACUUAUUCUUUUUCUCAUGAGUAAUUGAAUCAAAUAGCUAUAAGUGUUAUAAUCUCCAUGGCGACCAUAGUGCUAUUGUCGUGCUGUUUUCUGAAUUGAUUGGAAAUAUUAAGUUAGCCGUGGUACUGUUUAUUGGCUUAGUGCUGCCUCUACAUAAGUCACGGUGUCUUGGAUCAUUCUCAAUAGAUUUGUCUUGUUAUUUUUACGAUAUAUAGUCUUAAUAAUAUAAAAUGAAAACUUUUU